AUGGCGGCGGCGGUGGGGCGGCGGGUGCCGGACGUGGCCUCCGCCAGCAGCGCGGAGAGCUUCGAGCUGCGGCACCUGCACCUGGCGCUGCGCGUGGCCUUCGGGCCGCCGGGCCCCGGGCAGCUGGAGGGCGAGGCCCGGCUGGAGCUGCGCUGCCUGCGGGACGGCGCGGCCGAGCUGAGCCUGGACUCGCACCCCAGCCUGGCCGUGCGCCGCGUGGGGCUGGCGGCGCCGGACGGGGACCCGCGGCCGCUGCGCUUCGAGAGCCGCCCCUUCGCCAGCUACGGCUCGGCGCUGCACGUCUUCCUGCCCGAGCCGCUGCGCGCCGGGGAGUGCCUGGCGCUGGACAUCGCCUACAACACGGGCGGCGGGCCGGGGGUUUCUUGGCUCACUCCAGAGCAGACGGCAGGGAAGCAAAAGCCUUAUAUGUACACACAAGGCCAGGCUGUUCUCAAUAGAAGUUUUUUCCCGUGCUUUGACACCCCUGCAGUUAAAAGUACAUAUUCAGCCACUGUAAAGGUCCCUGAAGGCUUCACAGCUAUGAUGAGUGCCACCACCUGGGAGAAGCAGGAGAAGGACAACACAUUCACCUUCAAGAUGUCCCAGCCAAUCCCGUCCUACCUGAUCGCCUUGGCUGUCGGCGACAUAGUUUCUGCUGAAGUCGGACCUCGGAGUCAUGUGUGGGCUGAGCCCUGUCUGAUUGAGGCAGCCAAGAAGGAGUACGAUGGUGUGAUCGAAGAGUUCCUGGCGGUGGGGGAGAAGCUCUUUGGACCAUAUGUUUGGGGCAGAUAUGACGUUCUCUUCAUGCCGCCCUCCUUUCCCUUCGGCGGGAUGGAGAACCCCUGCCUCACCUUCGUGACCCCCUGCCUGUUGGCUGGAGACCGCUCCCUGGUGGACGUCAUCAUCCAUGAGAUCUCCCACAGCUGGUUUGGCAAUCUGGUCACCAACGCCAACUGGGGCGAGUUCUGGCUGAACGAGGGCUUCACCAUGUAUGCCCAGAGGAGGAUCUCCACCAUCGUCUACGGUGCUGCUUACACCUGCCUUGAAGCAGCCACAGGAAGGGCCCUGCUGCGCCAGCACAUGGACAACACGGGAGAAGAUCACCCUCUAAACAAGCUCAGGGUGAAAAUCGAGCCAGGCGUUGACCCUGAUGACACUUACAACGAGACCCCCUAUGAGAAGGGCUACUGCUUUGUGUCCUACCUGGCGCACCUCGUGGGAGAUCAGAGCAAGUUUGAUGCUUUCUUGCAGGCCUACGUGAACCAGUUCAAGUUCCAGAGCAUCAUGGCUGACGACGCCCUGGAGUUCUUUCUGGAGUACUUCCCGGAGCUGAAGAAGAAAGGCGUGGCCACCAUUCCAGGCUUUGAGUUUGAUCGGUGGCUGAACACGCCCGGCUGGCCCCCUUACCUGCCUGACCUUUCCCCGGGAGAGACGCUCAUGAAGCCAGCAGAGGAGCUGGCAGAGCUCUGGGCAGCCAGCAGUUUGAACAUGGAGGCGAUCAAAGCUGUGGACAUCUCUGCCUGGAAAACCUACCAGCUCAUCUUCUUCCUGGAUAAGAUCUUGCAGAAAUCCCCUUUGCCAGACACAAACAUGGUGAAGCUGAGUGAGAUGUACCCGAAGAUCUCCAAAGCGCAGAACGCCGAGCUGCGCCUCCGCUGGUGCCAGAUUGUCCUCAAGAACAACCACGAGCCCGAGUUUGGCAAAGUCAAGGACUUCCUCCACAGCCAGGGGAAGCAGAAAUACACCCUCCCCAUCUACCGUGCCAUGUGGAGUGGCUCUGAGUCCGCCCGAGCGCUGGCCGUGGAGACUUUCUCGGCCACGGCCUCUCAGCUGCACGUCAACGUCCAGAACUACGUCAAGAAGAUCCUGGCUUCGGAGCCAGGGGGGACCUAGCGGCUUGUCCCAGAGAGACGCAGGCAGCAGGGCCUCCUGCCGCUGCCUCAGCUCUGCUGCAUCCGUCCCAGUGAUCCAGGGGGCCGCUCCCCAUUGGAGCUGCGCUUCUGGGCCUGCCUGAGGCUCCGUCCCCCAGCUGGUGCGAACCCUCGUGGCCCCCUCGCUCACUGGCACAGAUUUGGUUUUAUUAAAAGCUUUGUCAUUUGUA